ACGCGAGGUCGAAGGCAUAGGGUAUGUGGGGGACCCUAGCUAGAUGCUUUGUCUGACUGCCCCUAAGCACGGCCCUUCGUGAUGUACACACCUGUUCAACUUUCUCUUUCUGAAUGCCCUUGUCCCUUUCCGCUCCUCUUAUUUCUCCAUCCCGAAUAUUAUCAGAUCUACUUUGUUGCCAUGAAAAGUGCUAUCGAUAAGACGUAUCUUUCGCCUGUUCUAUAAGGCUGCUCUUUUUGAAGUUACAGAAUUAAAAAAAAAAAACCCACACACAAACUGCUGCAUAACUACUUAAAGGGAAGCAAGUCCUACGUGAGAUGUUCGCAUUCUGAGUUGUCUCCCAUGGUAGCGAUGUGUGCGAAGUUUUAAAAGAUGUAUUAGAAACUGGCUGUUUAACAAAGAAGCGAGCGUUUACCACAACUUCACUGGCUUUAUACACUACACCUGUUCACAGAAGCAAUAAGCACAUUUUAUUCGACUGUAGCAAACGAUUUAAUGGUAUUUUGUGUGUGUUGAGUUAAAAGACUUGGAAACCACAGCGCUGUCUGCUCGACUUCUUGGAACUUAAUGACAACUGGACACCAGUGAGUACAACAACUGUACAGCGCUUUGUAUUAUUAGCAGCUUGACAACUAAUCAUCUCACCGGCAUGUCCGACAACAAAGAUGAGUUUAAGUGAUUGGGGUUAUGUUGCCAUUGCCAUUAGAGCGGCCUCGAUUCCAGAAGUCGUGAAAGAUAUAGCUUGGCAUAAUUUUUCGACAUAUUUUAUGUCUCUCUUUACCCAAUGAGCCAUGUGUCAGACCGAGAGAAUCAUUUCUGGUAAUAUGACUUAAAGAAUAAAACUUGUAGUACCCCGCACCAUAGAAAAAAAAUCCACAGAGUUAAACGAGAGAAAAAUUUCACUGACAAAGUUCUCUGCCCCUUUCUUAGCCUCGGGCCAGACCUUUCUGUACCCUAUUCUCGUCAGGAUAUCAUAUAUAAAUAUACUGUGUUGUGGGAGAGAGAAAUUAUUUCAACACGUAUACGUAUAUAUCUAUCUAUAUAUUGUUAGUAUGAGCUCUGUCUGGAAUUCCCCUUGUUAGCAGCACUCAACUGUAUGCCAAACUACAAAAUGCUCCACUCCCCUGUGCACAAUGGACCCUACCCAAGCCUCUCUCUCUUCUGUUCAAUGCACCCAACCGACCUAUGACCUACUGCCGUUACUUCUACGUUCUGACCAACGACUGACAUGAUUUGAAAGCAAAUGGUCUCUAACAGUUCCUAGCCUCUUGCUUCACUGUAUCGUAGGGACGACUGUAAACCAACUUGUGUCUCAGCUGUGAAACUCUCCGCCGAACAUUCAGCGGACUGUCCGUGUAGCCUGGAGAAUAACACAUGGUGUGUUCGCAGAAGUGGUCGAGCGUGACAUGGCCGCCCCUGCCUGAGGAGAAGCCGCCUCGAUUAUCCGGUUUUUGGUAAAUAACCUUGGGCUGAGUCUCAGAAGAUUAAGGAGCUGAGGACGUGUGCAGUUUCACUCAGACAGUUCUUUAACAAUUCAACAAGAAAAAAUGAAUGUAAUGUUAGAAGAGGAAGCUAUGUCUGCCAUAAACAAUCCAGUCCAGGUCUCAUGUAUACACAGCAUAAAGACUGAACCGAGGUCUAUAGCUGAUCUACAAGACCUAAAUGAUAAGGUAAUGCUUAAGACAGAAACCACAUUUUGUUCUGAUACAAAUAUGACAUAUUGCUCAUCAACAAGCUGUGUACAGCUUAAAAACAUUUCUUGUCCAACUUGUAUAAAACCUGAGCUUGCUAAGAAUAUUCCUCAAUCAAACUGGAAACUUGAGGAUGCUGUAAUACUGGAGCUAAACUUUCAAGAUACCAUUGGUUGUAUUAAAACUGAGCAAGUUCCUGGUGAAGAACUUUGUCCCAUAAAAGCCGAGUAUACUGCACACAUUGAGCAGUCAGACUGCAGUCAUGAGAAUGCUGUGAAAGUGGAGUGCCACUGUCAAGAUGUCACCUGUUCAAUUAAGACUGAACAGGAUUUUGUGCAGUGUGCAAAGACAGAAGAGCAGCUUGUAUCUAAGCAAGAAGAACAAGAUCAUACUCACAUGGUGAAGACUGAGACAGGUUGGCCUGGUCAGCAUGCAAUGUGGCAGAAGAACAUUGAUGGGAAUUGUCAAGAAUUGAGCUUUGCUAUAUGCAGAACUCCUGAUGUGACAGAUAUUAUGAGAGAAAAUCAACAACAUCAGACACAUGCGACUGUUACUAAAGUCAGCAUUGAUUCCGCAACAGGAACCAGAAGUAUUGCCGAGUCUUAUCAGUGCAAAGUGUGUUUAUGUUGUUUCAGUUUUUCAACGCUGCUCAUGAAGCAUAUGAAAAUGCACUCUGAUUUUGAAGCUUACAAUUGUACUCCAUGUAGCGUUGUGUUAGAAAGAAUAGAUACUUUAAAACAGCACAAGGAAGCUAACAGUAAUAAGAGAUCUGACCAUUGUGAUGAGAGAUAUCACCAGUGUACUGUAUGUCAUGUAGCUUUCAAAAGAUUAGGUCCUCUAAAACAGCACAUGGUGACUCACAGUAAUUUGAAACCUUACCAGUGUACUUUAUGUCAUGUAGCUUUCAAAAGAUUAGGUAACCUAAAACGGCACAUGGUGACCCACAGUGAUGAGAAACCUCACCAGUGUUCUGUGUGUCAUGUAGCCUUCAAAACACCUCUUGGUCUAAAACGGCAUAAUGUGAUUCACAGUAACGUGAGACCUUUCAAGUGCAGUGUAUGUAGGAAAAUGUUCAAGCGGCCUUAUGAGGUAAAGAAACAUAUGGUGACCCACAGUGAUGAGAGACCCUACCAGUGUUCUGUCUGUCGUUUAGCCUUCAAAACACCUCUAUGCCUGAAACAGCACAAAGUGACUCACAGUGAUAAGAGACCUUACCAUUGUUCGGUCUGUGUUUUAGCCUUCAAAACACCUGCUGGCCUAAAACAGCACAAAGUGACUCACAGUAAGGUGAGACCUCACCAGUGAAGUAUAUGUAAUAAUGCUUGUAAGUGGAUAAGUGAUUUAAAAGAACACAUAGUGACCCACAGUGGUGAGUUACUUCACCAGUGUUCUUUCUGUCAUGUAGCCUUCAAAACACCUUUUGGUCUAAAACGGCAUAAUGUGACUCACAGUGAGGAGACACCUCACCAGUGUACUGUAUGUCCUUUAGCUUUCAAAAGAUUAUCUUUCCUGAAACAGCACAUGGUGAAUCACAGUGAUUUGAAACCUUACCAGUGCAGCGUAUUUAAGAAAUUUUGUAGGUGGUUGUCCAAGUUAAAAAGGCAUAUGCUUAGCCACACUGAUGUUACCUCAUCAAUGCCAUCAGUGUAGUGCUAGUUCCAUGCAGAGGGCAGUAUUAAACAGCAUGAUAAUUAACAGGGAUGGGAAAUCUCAUUAAUGCAGUGUAUGUAAACAACCACAUGGUAUGCUGUCGAGGAGAGACCGUAUGAGUAAUGUAUGUAAAGCUUUUUUUUUUUUUAAUGUUCCAUGCCCAUUUAAAACAGUGCAGUGUUAUAUAAGGAAGUCUGUUAAUGACACAUACUGACAUUAAGACAUACUCUCUUAUGAAUAAAGUGUGUAGAGGUGCUAUUUGCCUUAUUUCCGUUAAGAGGAUCAAAUAAUUUGAAAGAGCCAUUUAAAUCACCUUGUUCCCAGUGCAGUUCGUUUCUUUGGACAUUUUGUCAGUUCCCUUAUUUUUCUAUUCUUUGUAUUAAUCUUGAUCUCUGAGAGGUGAUUUGUCUACCAGAGAAAUAGCUUGUCUUUUGAAAGAACAUGUACAGAUAUUGAUGAGUAUCUUUGUGUUCAGUGUGUAAAACUGUGCUUUAGCUCCUAACCCAAAGAUGUCAUUUCCUUUUGAAAACCAUGAAAAUCCAAGAUAGACUGCACAGUACUUUAGUUUGUUGUAUGCUACGUUAUGUCUGAUAAUUGCAAAUAAAUGAACAAUGAGUUUA